GUGAACCGAGAUCGUGCCACUGCACUCCAGCCUGGAAGACAAGGGCAAGCCUCCGUCUCAAAAGAAAAACACUCAUACCUCAAACGAGAAAAUGCUUGCAAAUAACCUGAAACCGCGGAACACUAUUCUUUUUAAAACGAUGUUUUAAGUAGGUCGUGAAAGUGGCCUUAAUGUUAUACUGCCUUAUUCCAGUGACAAGUAUUCAUCAUGUGUAAAAUGGGAGAAAUGAAAUGUUAUUAACACAAAGAUGUGAGACAUCGAUGAGAAGAGACGGUACCCUGUCUGAUCCCCCACCGGGUCGCGAGGAUCCUUUUCCUGGUUGAGACCUGGCCACAGCGAAAGAACCCUAGGCCCGGGAAGGACUCCCGAGAUUUCAGAUCCAGGGCCCGGCUGUGCAAGUGGACAGCGCGGAAGGGGCGCUGGGGGUGGUAGGUCGAAAGUAGCCGACACGGCUCCUGCUGGCAGAAUCUGUCCUCUUACGCGGACCGCCGCCGCAUACCCGCCCCAGCCAGUCUGUCCUUUCCGGAAGUUCACCUCCCUAAAUUCUUUUUCCGGUUCCGCUUACUCCUUCCGGUCACCAUGGCGACCAGGCGCCUUGGGGUCGGGGAGACGCUGGGGGCCCUCAACGCGGCCCUGGGGCCUGGCAAUCCGGUAUGGAUCAAGGAGACGCGCACCCGCCACCUGCGUUCCCGAGACUUUCUGGCACCGCACCGCGCGCUGCAGGCGCGCUUCGAUGACGGCCAGGUGCCCGAGCAUUUGCUCCAUGCCCUCGCCUGCCUGCAGGGUCCCGGUGUGGCCCCGGUGCUGCGCUGCGCGCCGACUCCCGCGGGUCUGUCUCUCCAACUGCAGCGGCCCGCGGUCUUCAAGCGCGUCCUCAGCACCGUAGCCGCCUAUGCCUCGCCAGCCUUGCCUGCCUUGCCGGGCCAGCGCGUCUUACUACACUGCCCAGCCCUGCGCAGCUCCCCUUGCGCACUCCGCUUGAGCCAGCUGCGUACGGUGCUCGUGGCUGAUCACCUGGCGCGAGCUCUGCGCGCUCACGGGGUGUGCGUGCGCCUAGUGCCAGCUGUGCAGGAUCCGCACAUGCUGACCUUCCUGCAGCAACUGCGGGUGGACUGGCCCGCUGCCUCGGAGAGAGCUUCCCCCCACACCCUGAGGAGCCACGCCCUUGAAGAACUUACCUCUGCUCAUGAUGGGAGGACACUGUCCCCUGGCAUCCUAGGCAGACUGUGUCUGAAGGAGCUGGUGGAAGAACAGGGCCGUACAGCUGGCUAUGACCCCAACCUGGACAACUGUCUGGUGACUGAGGAUCUCCUGUCUGUGCUAGCUGAGCUGCAGGAGGCUCUAUGGCAUUGGCCAGAGGACAGCCACCCAGGCCUGGCUGGGUCCCCAGAUACUGGUACAGACAGCUGCCUGGUUGUACAUGUUGUUAGCUGUGAGGAGGAGUUCCAGCAACAGAAGUUGGACCUGCUUUGGCGGAAGUUGGUUGACAAGGCUCCACUCAGACAGAAGCACCUGAUCUGUGGCCCUGUGAAAGUAGCUGGUGCACCUGGCCCUCUGAUGACUGCCCCUGAGUACUACAAGUUCCGGCAUGCCCAGGUGUGCAAGGCCUCAGCACUGAAGCAUGGUGGGGAUCUGGCCCAAGACCCAGCCUGGACAGAGAUCUUUGGUGUUCUCUCUGUGGCCACCAUCAAGUUUGAGAUGCUGAGCACAGCCCCACAGAGUCAGCUCUUCCUGGCUCUGGCUGACAAGAACAUCUCCACAAAGGGCACAAAGAGUGGCACCUUUGUCAUGUAUAAUUGUGCCCGUCUUGCCACACUCUUUGAGAGUUACAAGUGUAGUAUGGAACAAGGUCUGUACCCCACUUUUCCUCCUGUGAGCAGUCUGGACUUCUCACUACUACAUGAUGAGGUGAGUGUCCCUCCCGGUAGCUGGCACAAAGGAAGCCUGGACUUCCCCUCCCAGCACCUUUCUCCCCCACAGGGUGAGUGGUUGUUGCUCUUCAACAAUAUCCUCCCCUUUCCGGAUCUGCUGAGCCAGACAGCAAUGCUGGACUGCACAGCCCCAGGGCUCCACAUCACUGCACGCACAGAGAUGAUGUGCAAGUUCCUGGUACAGCUCAGCAUGGAUUUCAGCUCCUACUACAACCGAGUACACAUCCUAGGGGAGCCUCGACCACACCGCUUUGGUCAGAUGUUCGUCCGCCUGCAGCUUCUGAGGGCUGUGCGUGAGGUGCUCCAUACUGGCCUGGCUAUGCUGGGUCUCCCUCCACUGAGCCACAUCUAAGGCCACAGAGGCUCCAAUAUUUGGGAAUGUUCACAAAGUCAUCAACUGGAAAAAAAGCAAAAACCCACGGCCAAAAUAAAUUGGUACUGUUACAA